AUGGCCUAUUACGAGGAACAUGGGGGCGACGGCCCAGGGAGGUUUGCAAAGAACUUCGAUGGUCCCGUCGGGCCUCGUCGGCCGAGAUUGGUGACGGACUAUGGCUCGUCGAUGGUACAAUGGAUGCGGACGCGACGACCUCGAUACCGCGGUGAGCACCGCAUGGAGAUGGAGCGCCCCAGUGCGAGCUUCACGGUAGAUAUGCUUCCACCGAUGGCGCGAACCUAUUCCGCGGCAGACACGAUACCCGUCCGACAUUUACAUCAGUCGAUUGGAAAGUCGAAGAAACCUAUCGUGGUGGUACGGUGGACGCCCGAAGGCAGACGGUUGCUGACGGGCGGGCACACGGGAGAGUUUAUGCUUUGGAACGGGACGGCGUUUAAUUUUGAGACGGUGAUGGAUGCGCAUUACGACCAAGUUCAGGCUGGCGUCACAUCUAUCGCCUGGUCUCAUAGCCACGAAUGGUUAAUUUCGGGCGGACAAAGAGGCGACAUCAAAUACUGGCGACCAAACUUCAACAACGUCGAAACCAUCGACGACGCACAUCACGAUGCAGUCCGGGACUUGGCCUGGGCACCCACUGAUACCAAAUUCCUCUCCGCCUCCGACGACACUACCCUCAAGAUCUUCGAUUUCACAUCCCGAACCUGCGACACCGUUCUCUCCGGCCACAACUGGGACGUCAAAUCCUGCGAUUGGCACCCGACGAAGGGACUGCUGGUCUCGGGCUCAAAGGAUCACCAGGUGAAAUUCUGGGAUCCUCGGACAGCCAGGUGUCUGACUACACUCCACAGUCACAAAAACACCGUCACCUCGACGCGAUUCUCCCGCGUGAACAAUAACCUGCUUGCCACUUCGUCGCGGGAUCAAACCGCGCGGGUAUUCGAUUUGCGCAUGAUGCGGGAUAUUUGCAUUCUACGUGGACACGAGAAGCCCGUGUCGUCCUUGACAUGGCAUCCCAUCCACAGCAACUUGAUCUCUACCGGAGCCGAGGAUGGCUCUCUAUAUCACUACCUGCUCGACGAACCUAAUCUGCCAUCCGGCCAUGUCCCGACAGUGGCACCAUACGACAGCCCAGACCCGGCCAAUACACCCCCGCAGGUAAUUUUCCCAGCACAUCGCGUGCAAUACGCUCACGGCGCUACGAUCUGGUCUUUGGACUGGCAUCCACUAGGCCACAUUCUUGCAUCUGGAUCCAAGGAUAAUUUCACUCGAUUCUGGUCUCGGGCUAGACCCGGCGAGACUAGUUACAUAAAAGACCGAUUCCACAUCGGCGAGGAGGCAGCCGAAGCCCAGGGCACCUGGAGCCGCGGAUUCGGCCGAAGGCAGAUGCGCGAGGAAGAGGAGCAAGAAAUGCAGGACGAGGACGAGAGUCUGGUCGAUCAGCGCCGCCCUGGUGCACCCAUGUUGCCGGGCAUUCAAGCGGGUGGCACUCCCCAGUCUGACGGUGCAGGAUUCCUUCCUGGCAUCGGUGGUGCUCAACCGCCUCCUCCACCGGGGCUCCCAGGCAUGGGCGGUAUGGACCCUGGCCGGUUGGCCGCCAUCAUGUCCUCUCAAGCUCCUCCACCGCAAUCCCUCCCUCCACCAAACCAGCCAAUUCCGGGGUUCCCCAUGCUUCCAGGCAUGGGCGGCGCCCCACCUAUGAAUAUGGACCUGGCGCAGUUACAGAAACAACUCGCGUCGCAGGGAUUCCCGAUGCCCCCGAACAUGAACAUGCCACCUGGAUUUGGCGGGUUGCCUGGUUUGCAGGGUGGGAUGCCUGAUGGCGGUCGGCGAUGA